GACAACCGGAAGCCAAUGGAAAACCGAUUGAUCUGGACGAGGCUGUUGAUUGGCUGGUUUAAAUGGCGUGAAACUUUAAACGGUUACGCCAACCCUCAUUUGUUAUUUUGCGCUCGCGACGUUGCAGUUCAGCUGACUGCUCACUCGAUUUCCAUUACGCGUUGGUUGUUUUUAAGAGGUGCGGUGAUGGAUGCUGAGAUGGCGCAGAGUGAAUCGGCUAGUCACUACGAAUUCGAUGCACCGUCACAUGUCAUUGAUUUCCAAGCAUUGGAUACGGAGGACCACGCCGAUAUUUGGUUUGACCAAUGUGCUGGUCAGGAUGAGAGACUGUUUGGCCAUCUUGCCACCCCAAACAGAAACAACAUACCAUUUGGUGCGACCCCCAAAGCACACUUGCCCAGGGCGAUUGUCUCUCCCAGGGUGAAAGAGAACUCUGACUCGGAAGCCCCAAGCACGUCCUCAGUACCCGCCACAGCAGGUGCUCAGAGCACGUACUCCAACAUUGUCACAUCCUGGGGAAAUAGGCCAGCACCGGUAGCUGUCCCACCAAAGAAGGGACCGCCUGCCCGAACACGCAGGGUGUUAAAACGCAAAGAUGCAGCCAGCAAUGAGGAAGGACAGCACACGGCCCCUGAAGCCGCACCACCUGUUAAGAAGCUGAAAAGCUCAAACCCAACUGCUGUAAGAACCUUUCGCCCACGUCGAAGGAGCUUAUUACUACCCCCCAGACGCAGUGGUGGUGUCCGUUCUAGUGUGCGACUCAACCCCAGAGCAGCCAACCAGGCCCGGCCCGCUGCUGCGAACACCACACAGCAUAAGAGCUCUGAGCACCAGGAGAUGGUGACCAUCAAGACUCUUCAGAAGGAGGUGGCUGACAAGCGGAAGAGGAACAUGGCCAGCUACAGGGCAGCCUUGGCAGGCAGUCAGCUCCCUAAGAAGCUGGCUCUGGCCACCACCGUACCCAAAGAGUUCAACUUCAGCACAGAUGGACGCGUCAAGGCGGGCACUGCAUCAACCCACAGGGAGGUGGACUUCACUGCUCAGCUCCGCAAGCACCCGUCCUCCCCCACCAAGGCGCCAAAGGGUGCCACUGUUCCCAAGCCCUUCAACCUGUCCACUGGCAGCAAGAAGGUGGAGGACCCUGUCCCCUUCAUGCCCAUGGCCCAACAGAUCGAGCUUUUCCAGAAACGGACUCCGACCCGCUACCACCUUCGUAGUCGACAGAGCCAAGCGAGGGGCCCGUCGCCUGUGAAGAGUGAGCAGCUUAAGAUCACCCACCCUCACACCCCUCACCUGAUGACCCGACAGAGGAGCCGUCCCACUGCGGUCAAGAGCAGCGCUGAACUGGAGGCCGAGGAGCUCCAGAAACUCCAACAGUUUAAGUUCAAGGCCCUGGGGCUGAACAGGAAGAUCCUGGAGGGGGCACUGAACCCCAAGAAGCCUACUGUGAAGGAGUCCACGCACCCAGAGGUAUUCCAUAUGCACAUGGACAAGAGACUUGCGGAGCGGCAAGCCAGCAAGAAGCCAGAUGAGCCUGAGGAGCAGCACACCUUCCACUCCCGCCCGCUGCCUGUCAGGAUCCUAGAGGAGGUGGUGGGUGUCCCGGAAAAGAAGGUGCAGUGUCCCACUGUUCCAGAGUCCCCUGCAUGGGCCCUGAAGAGGAAGUGCAUGGACAGAAAAGUGGAGGAGGUGAAACCCCCAGCCCCGCUCAAGGCCCAUGCUGUGCCCCACUUUGGCCUGCCCUUUCUGCCUAAGCUCCAGGACAAGACCCAGGUGGAGGUGUGCCCCUUCUCCUUUGAAGAGCGGGAGCGCGAGAGGCUGGUCCUGAAAGAGAAGAGGCUGGAGGAGCUGAGGCACGAAGAGGUGCCAACGUUCAAGGCCCAGCCACUGCCAGACUUCCAUGCGGUGGUCCUGCCAGAGAAAAAGGUGGCUGAGCCCACCAAGCCUGAGCCCUUCAAGCUGCUCCUCGACGAGCGGGGAGCCGCCAAGAAUGACCGCUGGGAGCAGAUGAUGAAGGAGGAACAGAAGCACCAGGCAGAGGCAGCCACCUUCAAAGCUCGACCAAACACUGCAAUUCACAAAGAGCCGUUCAUGCCCAAGAAAGAGAACCGCUCAGUCCUGGAAGACAUUAAUAAUUCCGUAGUUCCAGAGGUCUUCCAGCUAUCCACAGAGCGCCGUGCCAAGGAGCGGCUGGAGUUUGAGCGGGCGGUGAGCGAAAAGGAGGCGAUGAGGGCUCGUGUGGAGGAGGUGCAGCGGAUGGAGCUGGAGGAGUGCGAGAAGGAGAAAAUGGCCAGGCUACGCCAAGAGCAGGUCCACAAAGCCCAGCCCAUCAGACGCUAUAAACUGCUGGAGCUGAAGAAGAGCGACGUCACACUCACUGUGCCCCAGUCCCCCAACUUUUCUGACCGUUUCCGCAUGUAAUGGCUGAAGGAAAGAUUUUGUGUGUAUAUGUCUCUGUGCUCUGCCUUUUUAAUUAGUUUGUAGCUGUACAUUAACUGCGGUUGUGAAUUUGUCCACUAGUGUUAUACCUUGACUCGUCUGAAUCCAUUUUUCUCAACCUGUUCUUGUCUAUACUUUCAUCAUCCUUGAUUCAGAGAAGUACAUUUGUCACGUUUUCAGUUGCAGGGUGUUUUUAACAAAAAAAAAUAAUCCCAAGAGCUGGUGAAAUCCUACGUUUUGCCCUUAGUGAGGAGUUCCCUUGCCAUUUUAGCUACCAGACAUGCAGUUCCUAUCCUCAGAUGGAAUGACACGUGGCCACGUAGUUCUACACAAGGCAUUUCUCGCGUGAUGUAAAAUACAUGCGUUGUAAUCUUUCUGAAUGUUCGCUUGCUUUUGGAGAACCGCCUGCAACUGAACAUAAUAUACUUUUGUGCUCAAUUUGGAAGUAAUUUAUUGUCAAGAACAAGUUUUGAAAAUUUGCUUCUGACUCCUUUCUACUAGGCAAAGUGUAACGCUAUUAUGGGACAAUUCACAAAGUGUUAUUGUAUAGCGAACUCAUUCCCAUCUUAAUUGUACGUGGCCUGUACUUGUUUGUUCUGAUUUACUGUCCAAUUUCAAUUAUGUAUAAUAAAGGUUUUACUUUUAAUGCUGUAAAGAUUUAGUUCAUACACCAGAAUUGACAUCCUUACUAUCUUGUGAAGUAAUAUCUUCAUACUAAACCAGAUUUUAAAAAGCAAUGUCAUAGAUUUUUUUUAAUGAGUUACAGUUCAUGAGCAAAUCAGUCAAAUGAAAUGUAUUCACAAGGUCCUUAUCUAUGGAUUUCACAUGACUGGGAAUACAGAUAUGCAUCUGGUCACAGAUAUACAGUGCAUUAAAAGAAAUGGGCCUCGA